UCUUCGGCCAUCAUUAUUUCAUAUGUUCUUUGGGCACCCCACCCAAAAAAAAGAAUGAUCUGUCAACCGACCACUUUUUUGUGUCAUCUCCGCUUCGAGCUCGAACUUUCUUGAUUCCAUCGCUGUUGGCGUUGUCGCUUCCGCAGCUCCUUCUCGCUACUGUUCACGCACAUCCCUUUUGUGGGUAGUCGUCUUCUUUGAGGAAACUCUCGCUUUCGUGGCUUCCUCCUCCUCUCGUGGUUUUUGAUCGGAAGAUGUCGUCGUCCAUCACCGGCCCGGUUCGUUCUCCGGUCGGUGCCUCCGGCUCCAAGAUGUCGUCUCUGUACCUGACGACCCGCGCAAUCCCGGCCACUUCUGUUCUGCUCAAGGCCCGGAAGAGUUUCGCCUGCAACGCGUCGCGCCUCGCCUUCUCGCCGUCGCCGGAGCCUCCGAGGUUCUCCGGCGGGAGCGGGCCGUUCGGGCGGCGGCGUCUCGCCGAUUCCCCGGUCGCCAGAGCGGCUGCAGCCGAUGCGGAGGGCAGGGGGAUUGGAGUUCCCGAUGGGUUGGCAAAGCCAUCCAAGAGCUUCGGAGAAAGAUACCCAGCUCUUGUUACAGGCAUAUUUUUCUUCAUGUGGUACUUCUUGAAUGUCAUCUUCAACAUACUGAACAAGAAGGUCUAUAAUUAUUUCCCGUAUCCAUACUUCGUUUCUGUCAUACAUCUUCUCGUUGGGGCUGUAUAUUGUCUGGUUAGUUGGGCAGUUGGUCUGCCCAAACGUGCACCAAUUGAUAGGGAGCUCUUAGCGUUGCUGACUCCUAUUGCUUGCUGCCAUGCCCUAGGACACGUCAUGUCCAAUGUGUCUUUCGCAGCAGUUGCUGUAUCUUUUACGCAUACCAUCAAAGCCCUUGAGCCAUUCUUCAACGCGGCUGCUUCUCAGUUCGUUCUGGGCCACCAGAUCCCACUGUCCCUGUGGCUAUCACUAGCUCCUGUUGUAAUAGGUGUGUCUAUGGCUUCAUUAACCGAGCUUUCUUUCAACUGGACCGGCUUCAUCAGUGCAAUGAUCUCAAAUCUUGCAUUUACCUACAGAAGUAUUUACUCAAAGAAAGCAAUGACAGGAAUGGACAGUACAAAUGUGUAUGCUUACAUAACAAUCAUCGCUCUUCUGUUUUGCAUCCCUCCAGCGGUUAUUAUUGAGGGCCCUCAACUGAUGCGAUACGGAUUUGGGGAGGCCAUUGCCAAAGUGGGUCUUUUGAAGUUCCUGUCAGACCUUUUCUUGAUUGGAAUGUUCUAUCAUCUCUACAAUCAGGUUGCUACUAACACUUUGGAACGGGUAGCGCCACUUACACACGCUGUCGGAAAUGUUCUGAAGAGAGUUUUCGUGAUCGGUUUCUCUAUUGUCGUAUUUGGUAAUAGGAUCUCCACUCAAACUGGGAUUGGAACUGCAAUAGCAAUAGCUGGAGUGGCCAUCUACUCCCUCAUAAAGGCGAAUAUCGAAGAGCAGAAACGGAAGGCUGCACCGGCCCCUGCUCAGUAACACGCCGAUCGUGCGGGAUUGACCGAUUUCCUUGUACCCGUCCAUGCAUUUUUUAAGGUAAUAAACAUUAGACAAGCGAAUUCUUUUACUGAGGUUAAUACGAGCUAGCCGAGCUGCCUCGAAGACUUCUCUACAUCUUCUUGAAACUGUAGCUACCGGGUCGAAUUCUUUGUCUAAACUUGCAUUCGCCGCGAACCUUUCAAUUGAUAUUUGUGUAAGUACGCAGCCUCUAAGGGGGGAAGAAACAAGAAAUAACAAAUGAAGAUGCAAUGUUUCAGAGUGUUAAUCACUCCCA